AUGAUAAAAGCUUUGGGCAUACAUCAACUUCAAUUCGCAGAUAGAAAAUUAGCAAUUCAAAAUGGCAGCGGAUGCACCGAGUUAAUGAGAGGCGCUUGCGCGGUGUCCCAGUUCCGCCGAGGUCACGGGGUCGUUCCCCGGGUUGUAUUGAUCCGGGGUGUCGGAAGUGGUGCUCCGGUGCAGCGGACUUGCUAUUUUUUCUACCACCUCCAUUCUAGGGCGGCGCCGUUGCCAUGGCAACGCUGCAGUCGCACCGACCUAGUUCCGCGGCCUGCCCAAAUGUUAAUGACCUCCAAAACCCAGGUCGAAGUUCACGCGCUACACGAGCAGGAGAUUAUCUUUCUACCCCUAUAG